AUGUCACAUGUGGACUAUGCAAAGCUGUACGUAGAGAACUAUAUGGCCAAGUUCACAAUGUUUGAUGAACACUGUGAUGCUUCUGCUGUGCUAAACUUGCUCGGUAGAGUUCCAGUGUUUUCUCUUGCUGCGCAGAGUGCUGCACAUGAUGUUCGGCAAGAUAGAAAUGCCUGGGCGCACUGUGCAUUCCAAGACUGGGAUCCUGCAAAGUUUCAGCAGUGCUUUCAAGACAUGAAAAGGUUGGUGAAUGCUCUUGGUCUGCCAGCUGCAGAGGAAACAAAGCUCUUAGACGGUCUCGACAUCUGGGAGACAACAGGUACAUAUAACAGCCAUUUAACCCGCAUUUUAGAGACGUGGCAGAUUUUUAAGUGUGGAUGUGAAUCCUGGCUUUAUCAGUGGCUUUUUCUUAAAAUAUUUUCAAUAACGUAGAGGAUUCAUUAGGGAGCUUAAGCAAGGACGACGACGACAACAACGUCAUAAAAACAAUUAGUUUUAUAAGCAAAACAACAGCCCUCUGUACUUGCAUCGCGCAUUUUAGUACAUUAAACUUUCCUUGACGUGCACCCGCAUGACUACUACGUGAAACUUCCCAAUGCGACGUGUUAUGGAGGACGUGAACAUAUGAGGACGAAUUUUCCUAAGUUCUCUCUUUAAAAUCCCUAAUUCAACUACAGGAAAAAUCGCUUACAAUUGACAAACUGAGCAGGUGCAAAUAGACACAAAAAAGUUUGAAAGGACUCAAAUCCAUUUUUUUUGGCGAUGUUUUCACUACUAUCGUCGCGUCGUUGUUGCUUAAGCUCCCUAAAAACUUUCGAAAGACUCAUCACUUAGCCCUGUACUUUAAAACAGCACAUUAAUUUCGUGUAAGUACAUGCAAAUUACAAUGAUACUGCAUGGUCAUCUGUUCAUAGCGAAGGGGCAAGGCUAACUGGGCAAUGAGGAAAGUGAAACCCUCACUCUUUGGUAGAAAUACAUGCAUUAACAGCAAGUAAAGAAAUCGCUUUGGCUUUUUCUCCCGCUUUCCAGUUCUCUUGAAUUUGUGACAGGCUCAUUUUUACCACAAUUUGUAUACUAGGACCUUCCCUGUGCAUGAAUGCUUCUGUGGAUCCAGCAUUGUUGCGGAUGGUACAACAGCAUAUUAAUAAGCUGAUGACUGAUGUCGACAAGCUGGUGUUUGAGGUGGAGUGCGACAGGGAGACAGUAAAAAGGGCACUGCAAGAUGUUGCUGCUGAUGUGAAGGAACUGGAAAAACGCGUCUCAGUUCUUGAGAAGGAAAAUAAAGGGUUAAAACGCAGAAUGAAAAGCUUUCAAGAUGAACAGAUUGGUACAAAAGAAAGGAUAAAAUCUCUGGAGUCAGAACAGGAAUCUGUAGAGCAACGGCUAACACAAGUGGAAGAGCAACAUAAAUCUUCUGUUCCUGAAAUCAGUUUUGGUAAAUUUGAUAAUUAUUAUUGCCAUGUACCGUUGUUUGUGUUUGUUUUUGUUGUGUUUGUUCUUUUUUUUUUGCGGCGAAAUAUUAUUUGAAUGAAUAUUCUUAUUCCGUUUUGUUUCCCAUUUUUAUGCGGAUAAAUUUGAUUUAGGUGAGAGUGCAUUUCCCCUGUCACGUGAUACUUAAGUAAUAUUUAUUGUAAAAUCAGUUAAUUUUAGCAAAGCACCAGAUAUUCGGGAGAAUCCACUGACUCGACCUACACAUUGCAAUACUGAAAGGGAGGAAACGGUCUCGUACAGAAACACGCCUUUUGUAGCCUUGCCAGGCUUGCAGAUAGUAGGGACGUCACGAAAACAAGAUCAAGCGAAAACAGAAUGCGCGUGAUCUGGGGAGGGGAGCGACGGUGGGAAAAGAAGUAGCCUGUUCCAUGCUCCAAGAUAGUCGGGCCUGCUGAAUUGACAAAGCGCGAACACGAAAAUAAAACGGGAGGAAACUGGGGAGAGAAGGGGCGGCGGAGCCUGUAAUCAUUUCUUUAAACGACCCGUUCCAGUAUACCAGCUCCUGGUAUACCCUCUGAUUGGUCAGAUUUGACAGAUUAUAUCAACACUCUCAAAGCGGGUCGUUCCUGUCACUCAGAAAGAUGGCAUGUGGCGUCCACGCGCGUGAAAUUGAGGAAUCCACUAAUAACUUCUGUGUUAAACAAAUGUUUACAAGAUUUCCCGCACAUAGGAGCGCUGAGGAAGAACAGAAGACCUACCUUGUGAACUUGGCGCAUGGAAAAUAUGUUUUUGCAAUCCUGCCGACAGGCUUCGGUCUUGGCUGAUAACAAAGUGGCAAUAACAGAACAGUCGCAAGAAGGAGUUAUCUACGCGCUCCAGUCCAGACUCACGUUAUCUAGAGAUCUCUGUAGAAGAACAAGCUGGAGCUGAGAGCAAUCUUGACUGACUCACAACGUAGUUCUUCAUAUUUAAAGUAGCUUCAGUUUAAGCUGCAAUCCAUUCUUCGAAAUUUGGAUCUAUGAAUCACUAACCGUGAGAAUUUAACAAAAACACUAACGAGCUGGGCUCAGCGUGAAAAAAAUCAUAUUAGGAAAACGUCACAUUCACGGACAAAAGAAAUCGCUUUCAGUUAUUCAGAUCAAGGAGGGACUUUGGAGAAAAUUAAAACAACCUGAAACCCUUAUUUAGCCACAAUGAAGAAGAACUCUCUGUUUCAAAAGAGGUCAAAGAAAAUGCUCUUGCAUCAGAGGGAAAAUCAUCAAUCAUGCCGAGCCGACCAGAAACAACCGCAGAAAAUCAAUAUGCGUGUCGCGACCUCUCAGCAUGAAACAAGCGGCAACAUAGAUUGCUCAGUUUAAAAGUAGACCCCUCCAGAGCAUAAUCUACCCGAAAGACAAAAUAUUCAUUGGAACAAACAGUAUUUUGGCACGAGGUAAAAGUCGUGUGUUGCCUACCGACCCGCUUUUUACACUCUAGAUUGCUCACGCUCGCAUAAGCGAUUAGCGCCGCGCGAAACAGUCUCGCGAGAAAUGUGAGAAAGAUUGCAUCUCAUUGACAUUUCAACAGUUUGACAGCUAGCCUGCGAGUAAGUUCUCCUAUUUGGGCGAGUGAAGCGAGUCUCGCGAGAACGCGCGAGCGAGGGGCAGAGGAAAAGAGAGCUUGCAAGAUCUCUCACAAAAUUUCGUUUGUACUUCGCUCAGACGAAGGGAAAUACCAUUGGCUGAAAAAUGACCUUCCAGAAAACAAAGUUGAUUGAUAACAGGCCAAGCUGGCACCUCCUUCGUCAGCGUGUCAAGUUUGGUUCUCAGGGGGAUCAGAUUGGUACCAACACAGGCGGCCCAAACUCACGUUACGAGGGAAGGGUGUAAUGUACUUUACAUACCAUAGGUGACGCGCCGGUGUCGCGUUACAGGCGACCGUUGAAAAUAUAAGAGACUUUGUAUGAGAAAUAUAUUACUGAGAUCUGCGAACGCUACAUAACGCUAAACCUUACUUUUUCUUAAGCCAUUUGUGCCGGACUUCGAGGCAGUCUGGCUUUCGUCCAGUGCCUGUGACCACUGUCGCGCUUACCAACUAAUUUGCGUUAUGACAAUUAGCACUUACACGACGGGUGCCAGGGCGGAAAUGACACGUCAACUAGACUCUUGCACUGUGAAAAAGCGAGUGCUUGCACCCGUCGUGUAAGUGCUAAUUGUCAUAAUGCAAAUUAGUUGGUAAGCGUGACAGUGGUCACAGGCACUGGACGAAAGCCAGACGUGCCUCGAAGUCCUGCGCAAAUGGCUCGAUUUGAUGGGGAAGUUAUGGAUCUUUUUUCGAGCUGAUCUCCCAGAGAGGAAGAAGAGGUUUCCCUCUUGGGCUGGAGCUGAAAAGUUUGCAGUGGAUUUGAAUUUCGGCGAAAAAAACGGCAUUCUUGUUGCGACUGGUCCAAAACCCCGACAGAUCGAAGUGACCAGCCUUCACGUCGUUCUAUGAAAAGAGUAACAGUGGUUACGCAAUAAAGCCAAAAAAACCAGUAAACGACAAUCAGACGCCAAAACGCAGUGGAAUAAAUUGCAAGUAAGUCUUUUUUAUUCAUUUCAUUUAAGAAAAAGUAAGGUUUAGCGUUAUGUAGCAUUCGCAGAUGUCAGUAAUAUAUUUCUCAUACGAAGUCUCUUAUAUUUUCAACGGUCGCCUGUAAGGCGACACCGGCGCGUCACCUAUGGCAUGUAAAUUACAUUACACCCUUUCCUCGUAACGUGAGUUUGGGCCGCCUGUGGUACCAACAACUUGUUUCAGCCCUCAAAGCAGACGUGGGAGCUCGUUUGAUUUAGUUCUCGCAAAGAGAAUAUUGCGAGCCGAGGAUAAGUCGGACCGAGUUUAUAGUUCUUGUGGAAGGAAAAUGAAAACCCUUUCUCAGUUGUAUUCGCUUGUGUCAAGCGCCUUGUUUAGUUCUGAAAACGAGAAGAGUGAAAGUGGAAAGAGAUUCAAGCGCCCGGUUCAAGCGCUGCCUUCUAACGUCGGUUUCUUCGCCCGAUUGAAUACUGGGUAGAAAAAGUCAGAAACAUGUACUUGACAGUGUAGCUGUGUAGCUUGACUGUAAAGAAGGGCAAGAGAAAGAGUUGGUAACAACUGGAGUACAACUUAAGAGAACCAAGUCCAAGAAAACCCUAUUCUCCAGUUCCCGAACGGACAAAACGUCUAUUAAUAUAUAAUGUUUUUGUUGGUGAUUGCGACGGGGAGUAGUCUUCUACACUGCAGUAUGGACGACUUUUCAAACGUAAACGAAACGAGAAUCAAAGUAUUGAGUUCUCAUCCCAGCGGACACGUUGAAGUUCGAUGUCCCGUGGAAAAAAAAGCAUAUCUUCCGUGAUUAAAAACAUUGUUUUGAUGCUGUUGCGAAACUGAUUAACAAAUUAAUUAUUAUACGCGCCCUCGGCUGUCUAAACUUGACAGGCGGUUGUUCACGCUUUGCAGAGUCCCGGGGCUUCAGGGGCGGAAAUGAAACUUUAUGAGAGAUCGUUGCAAGUUGUCCUUUCCUCGGUCCCUCGCUCGUGCGUUCUCGCGAGGCUCGCUUCGCUCGCCCAAACAGGAGAGCUUGCCCACAGGCUAUUUGAAAGCCGAAAUCUAAUUAUCUCAAACGUGCCAAAAGUGGGCGGAAAGGGUCUGAGAAGAAAUGGUUACAGGCUCUCUCUCCCUUCCUUUUCCUCUUUUUUGCCCCGCCAACUUUUCCCCUGCCUUUUACUUUCGCGUCUUCCCCAUUAUCUGAGAGCCUGGAACAGGCUAGAAAAGAACCGCCCCAAACGUUUUCCCAUCAGUCUUCACGAUCUCUGUACAUUACUACCGUCACCUUGGAGCCUGGAACAGGCUAAGCCGUUUUUGUAGCACUUGUGACUAACUUUAAAGCUUGUCUGGUGCAAGAGGACAGAGGGGGAAGAGAUCUUACAAACCAUCAAUGAAUAUGUUUCUUUCCGUGUAAUUUUGACUAGAAGAUUUGAAAGAAAAUUUUGUCUAACCACCUUUACCCCACCCUCCCAAUUAAAAAUAUUUGCAGGGUAUGGCGCUUAAAAACGUUUGGGUAGUUUUACUUUAUGCGAGGUAUUGAUGAGCGGAAAACUGUUUGACGAACUUAAACAGAAUUUUUUGGGAAAUCAUGUCAACACUCCUUUCCAUACUCUAGAGUGACAGAGACACAUUAUGAUUUAUACAUAAGCUAAUUCUCUUCAAAGGAAGGAACAACCUCGUUCCCAGAGUCCCUCCUACCUGCCCUACGGCAAAGGGCGGGUAAGAGAGAACCCUGGGAGCGAGGUUGAGAAAGGAACCGCAUUGACUAACAUUGACUACAUUGACUAUCAAUAUUGAUUAGGUGAAGCCCUGAGACUAGCAGAUCCGAUGCGCCCGGAUCGAAUCCUGCCAUCCUGAAUUUUUUUUCCUUCAGUUUUUUCCUUUCUUUUUUCCUCUCUUAUUUUUUUUUUUUCUUUUUUUUUUUCUUUCCUUGUAAAAAUUAAAGAGAGUAGACUUUCAUGGACACUUUCAUGAACAUUUUUUAUCAGGCAAAUAUUUCAAGAGACAUACAAACUUCAUGUAAGAAAACUGAAAUGUCUUGUGAAAGCCACUUAGAGGAAAAUGUCAUUCUGGAGUAUGGAAACGAGUGCUAACAGUCCAGGUCACGCUUUGUAAGCUGGUAAGAGGAGCGUGAUGACAUCUAUGAAGCACAGAACAGAAAUUACUCGGACAUUAUCCCAGUGUCUUAUAAUUCGUGUUCCACCAACCGACGAAGCUCUUUUGUGUUUUCUUCCUUUUUGCCUUGUAGAAAUUUCCAAUUUUGAGGCCGAUAUCGCCUUUUUUGUCGAGCGACACGAUGCAGACACGAGAGACUGGCUGUUUGAAAGUAUUAACAAGUGGUUCCAUGCUCCUUGUGACUCCAGAGCUUAUGUUCUCCUGGGUGAUGCGGGAGUUGGCAAAAGUGUAAUAGCAGGAGCCCUGGCAAAGCGGGCAAAGGAUGAUGGGUACUUAGGCGCUGCCUACUUUUGUCGCCACAAUGACGAGACAAGAAAUGAUCCCAGAAAUCUUCUAGGUACUAUAGCUUGUCAACUUUGUAAAUGUAAUGUCCAAUACAGUAAUAUAGUGGGAGGGGAGGGUGGUAUAAGGAUGACAUUAGCCAAUAGUAAACUAAGCGGUAUCCCGGGAUUGUUUACAAAACUGUUACAAGAACCUUUAGGUAAGUGCACGCCUUGUGAACAAAGAAAAUUAGUCAUUAUUGACGCUCUAGAUGAGACAGAGUAUAAGUCCAGGGAAGAUUUUCUUGAUCUGGUUAUGCACCGUUUUCCCCGGCUUCCAGAGUGGCUUUUGUUUUUUAUCACCAGUCGCCCUGAAAAUACCGUGCAGGUCACACUGAAAAAUUACAACCCGUGCGUUAAAAUAUGCGUAGGAUACGGGAAACAUCUUGAUGAUUAUCAGCAGCACGAACAGGACAUAGAACGAUUUUUGGCGAAAAGAGUCGAUUUCUCCCGUCUCAGCUACUCUGUUGAAGACGUAACAAAGAAGUGCAAUGGACUGUUCUUGUAUGCUUUCUACAUGGUGGAAGUACUAAAUAAUUUAGCAUGUUCAGGUAACAGUGGUGAACUGAAUGAACUUUUUCCAGGGGAUAUUGAUUAUUUUUUUCAUGUGAAUUUCAAGCGGAUUUGUGAUAAAGUGGGAGCAGAUCUCUUCAGAACUUUGUUCGGUUGUGUUGCAGCUUCUCCUUCUCCUCUUCCGUGGUCAUUUAUUUCAUUCCUUCUAAAGAGAGAAAAAUCAAAACUGGACGAGCAAGAAGUUAUUGACAUCGUUUCAAUAUUUUUGGUACACCGAGCGUCCGAUCUGACCUUUACCUUUCUUCACAACUUAAUCCCGUCCUGGCUGACCGACAGGAACAAAGCUCGGCGAUUUUUUGUCGAUAUUUCAGUGGCACGGGAGUACUUGAAGAAAAUUGUUUUGGAAUUUCUUCCUUCCAGUGUGAUCAACGUUUCAUCAGGAAAACAUUCUUCAAUUGAAACAGAUUUACUGGACUACGUCUGGCAUGUCGGAGUUCGUCUUUUGUGUAAGUGCGAUGACAGAGAUUCGAUGAAGAUCGCUCACAACUUCUUGACAAGCUACCAGUUUAUUCAGAAGAGGAUACAGAAAAGCCGGAUUGGCGUUUAUUCUGUGAUUGCUGAUCUCAAGCUUUCUGCUGGUUGUCAGAAUCUUUCUGAUACAGAAAAGGAAACUCUGCAAGGAGUUUGCAGAGCACUGGAAAGAAAUAUCCAUACUCUUCUGGAAUGUCCACAUCUUCUGCCUUCCUGCCUGCGAAUGGCGUCCAAAGCUGUCAAAUUAAACAUAACAAUUCCCGAUGGAGUAUCCACCACUUGGAUGGAGUGGAGAUGGUUUCCUUUCCCUGUUCCUAAAGCCACUCGUGGCAACAAGGUCACGAGUUGCUUUGCUUUUUCUCCUGAUAGGAAGUUACUAGCCGAAGUCAAAGACGGUUUCAUUUCGUUGUAUAAUUCAGGCUCCCUUAAAAGGUUAUUUGGCCCAGUCGAAGCAAAAGAAUUGGCAGAUGUAAAACGUCUGGCAUUUUCUUCCUGUGGCAAUUUUGUCUUCUUUGGAAAAAUUGAUAGAGCGUUCUCGGUGGAGCGAGGAGGUAUUGAAACAUAUUUCCCAUUACAGACAGUUGAUCUUCCAUGUGAAUGGUGUUCGUUUACCCUUGAUCGACGACACAUCGUGGUGAAAUUCAAAGAGUUCCUUACUCCCACUUGCUGGCUUUGCCUUUUGAAUCACCUUUGUUUGUGGGCCAAAUUGGAAAUUGCACAGAGCCGUGAAAGAGAACCCUUAUGUCAAUGUUUUCCUCACAAGCUGAAAGUGACAAGAAAACACCCCCAAUUAGAAGCGCACCCCGGUUCACGCAUUACAGCAAUGAGGCCAUUGUUAAAUCUCCUUGGCGAAAUGAAGUGCAAAGAAUGGUGUUCACUUUUAGAAAAGGUACAACUUAAUAGAGGAGAUGGAACGUUUCUGGUUUCAGACUGUGAGAGCUGUAAAACAGCAAAAGACUAUGAAGCAUUAACCUUGGAAGAAGUUCGUCAGUUUGUUAUUUACCACUACUCUGAGAUAUUUAAAUAUCAAGUUUUGGAUAGGCAAACGGGUAAACCUGUGCUUGAUUUAGCCUCAUCUUUCGGUGAGGAGGUGAGUCCAUUUAUUCAUUUUUGUCACCUAGGCACGGCAUUUGAGAUAUGUGGAACACUGUUUACCGGCAUUGGUAAAGCUCUGUCACUCCCCAGUAUUGCUCUACUAAGCACUAUUUGUCAUCACCUCCUUUUCCGUGAAAGUAGAUUACUAACACGCUAUCUUUUUACCAAGUUUUCCCGAUAUCUUUCGUUUUCACUCAGACCAACACUGAUAAACAACUGGCAAACUCCUGGUCCCGAUGGAAAAGUUAACUUCCGGGUGGAUAAAGGUAGCGUAUUUCGCCAUGAUUUGGAAAGUGCCGUUAGCCAGGGAGAGUGCCUAAAUUAUUUUCCUGUGGAUGACAAUGUUGUCCUUUAUAUGCGAGAUAGGUUUGUGCUAUGCGCCCUCUGUCUCCAGACAGGCACCACGUCUGUUCUUUACACCUUCAACAAGGCACUUCAAUUCGAAUUGUUCACGUCGGGCUUACUCCGCGGUGACUCUCUUGAAGAAAUAGAGAAAGCGUUAGCCUUAUCGACCUAUACAUUUACCGACUUAUCCAACGGUGACACUCAUGAAGCAAUAGAAAAGGCGUCUGUCUUAUCCACUCUUUCAUCCACAAUAGCGUCAGAACUGGAAAAUCUCCCUGAUGAAGGCAAAAAAGAGUUUUUUUCUGACAGUAUACCUUGCUUCUCACCAGGAGGGGUGUGGGUGGCCAAACCUGCAGUUGGUUAUGAUGAAGGAACAGUGUACUUGUUUCGUGGAAGACAAGAUGAGCAGCAACAUUCCAACAACCCAGAAUACGUCAUCAAGGAGGUCGCCCAAUUUGGUUUCACAAAUGACCUCUUAUUUUUCGUGUAUUUGAGUGUUCACAACUCACUUCACGCCCUGUAUCUCCAAUCGGGUACCAUUCUACAAAGCAUCUCAGGAGUUAGCUCCUUAUCCUUUAUUGCUAAGGGUCAAGUUGGCUUUCAUUUUCUGGUCAAUGACGAGUGUAAAACUCUGUUUUUGAAAGACUUCCCUUGUGAGUUUUUGCAACAUUUUCUCGUUCCACCAGUGGAAAAACCAACGCAAGCAAACUUCGUUUCAGAUGACAUUUUCCUGGUUCUUUGCGAGGAUUCAUCAGUUAUGUCAUUUCAUGCAACCGGCAAUCGAUGUACUAACAUCGGUUCGCUUGGGUCUUGGCAAGUGGAGAAAUGCGCAUUUUCUUCGGACGGAAAGCUGAUUGCCGCUCACCAUGGCACUGUGAUAACGUUGCACGAUACAAUCGGACAAGACUGUUGUAGGUUUGUUUGUUCAGUUUUUGAAGCUGACUACGAACUCAGUGUCCUUCAACUUACAUUCUCGGUUAACAGUGCCUUCCUUCUUUUUUGUAUCAGGAGUGGUUUUUUUUACUUGUGGGACGUUGAAAAGAGAGAAAUGUUAGCAUCAUUUGACCCACCUGUUGUUUCUGAGGAUUUUUGCUGCUGCGUUACGGAAGAUUAUAAAGUGCUUUUGUGCAAUGAGCUUUACAUUGAGAUCUGGGAUCUUGCGACGAGUGCAAGUUAUCCGUCGUCAAGACUGGCUAUCGACGUGCUCUAUAGCGAAGAUGACAAGAUCACCUAUUGUACACUGUCACGCAACAAUGAUCUACUGGCGUGUUGUGUCGUGGACAGAAUACUUGUCUUCUUGUUUAACGCUCCUACCAAUCAGCCCGUUGUGAAGCUACCUCGCGCCCAUUUAGGUAAAAUCGAAUUUUGUCGGUUUUUGAAAGGGAAUCGCUACAUAAUUUCCUAUGGUAUUGAUGGUGCUGUGCUCUUGUGGGACUUACGUGAGGGGACAGCCAUUUCUUUUAUUAGAAUGCCACAAGAGCGCGAAAACAUUACUUUCAUGACUGUGUCCCCCAAGGAGGACAAAGCUGUUGGUUGUACUUCCUUUGGACAAUUCUUCAGUGUGAAACUUUUCGGAUUAAAAUCUGAGAUGUUGUCAUUUCAAUUGAAACCACAAGGAAUGAUGAAGAGGCACAAUGCGUCAACCCUCACUGGAGCAGCUUGCUCUAAUGUUGAACAGAUCGCUGAGGAAACGGACACUUCAAAAGUACUGGAAGAGAUGUAUUAUAUGUGUCUUUCUGACCACAGUGAAGACAGUGAUGGAGAUGAAUCAGAAAAUUCCGAGACUGAUCAAUAAGGUUUAGCAUCUGGUAUCCAUAAAUGAAGUCGGACAUUAAAAGCAUCAUGCAGAAGAGCCACAGGCCGGUCACCGGUGAGCUUUGAAAUACACAGACUAACCAGUCAGUUUUAAAAUCGUAGUUGUUCUGUUCAUCUCGUGGGGUAGAAAACAAUGAUCAAAGUCAAUCGAAAGAGUGCCUCAGCUUUUUGGAAAAAUCAUGAAUAGGACUGUAAGCCAGAAACUUGACGAUGAAGGCAAAUGAGACUCAUCAUUAAUUAGGGCUCUUAUAUUGCAAGAAAUGAGAUUACAACAAGAACUUCUUGCUCUCCGCCUUCGUUUGUGAACAAUGAUUACUGAUCGAAACGGUUUGGUUAACUGCAAAUUACAGGUCAUAAUGUCGUGACUUCUUUACUGCAAAGAAGCGAUUUUUAAUGCUUAUUGCAGUUUUUUUUAAAAACUAAAACACUAGAAUUAUGUAUAGUUUCAGAAAUCGAGUAACAAGGUGAAAAUCUAUCAACUUUAGUGUUAACUGUUAACUGUCAUAUACAUCGUCUGUUUUCUUCAUUUUUUUUUUUUUUUUUUUCAUUUAACAUGACAUGAUGACUUUUUCAGUUACCGCAAAUUUAAGGUUAAGAACGGAUAAAAAACAAAAACAUACACCAUCUCCUCAUAAAGGCGGGCAUUUCCAGAUCUGCUGUCCUUGGACUUCUGUCUCCCACUCUCGUGAUAAUUUCGUUUCUUAGAAAAUAUUAUAAUAAUUCAAUCUCUGGUUUCCAUUUUUGGCUGGAGAAAAUAAAACAUAAGUCAACGUAAGAUUAGAUCAACCCAGAGUUGUCUCUAUUGGCUUAUCUGUUUCAGUGUGCGUUAAAAUUGCAUCUGAGAAAGAUAACCGGAAAUUAGAUAACGAGUUCGUGGUUUAUUAGCUUAAAAUUAUGUCGAAUUUUACUGUCAUAGUCUGAUUUUGCUCAUGGCCUUGUCAAAAAGUUAAAAAUAGUAACCCAACAAUCCGACAGUCUUAAAGUAGUUUUGAGAUUUUGUAGAGAUUUUAACGUUACUUUGUUUUUACAAAGUGCAUCGGAUUGGACAGUUUAUUCUUAGGCAUUUUUGUACAGGGUCACUACGUCAUAGGACUGUGUGAGCCCUAUCGUUUCCUUAAUGCUUUAGCUGGUCAUUUCUCUAACGUUCUCUAACUGAACAGAAAAAGGGUCAUUCAAUAACGCGUUCGCCAAACGGCCUAGAAGGUAAGCGCCCUUGAUUAGUGAACUUACGCAACAGGACGGGAGAGGAAAGAAGACGGCAAACCUUGUGUGACAAGCGUGACCCUGAAUAAUUUUAUUUGAAGAAACGUUUCGCCAAACUGUACCCUCC